AUGUUAGUUGCAAACAUUUCCCAACAACACCUCGAAAAGCAUUGUCUAUUAUACGAUCAAGACCAAUUUCAAGAAUUCAUUUAUUACAUUUCCAAAAAAUCUUUUAAUGAAGAUGAAAUCAUUUUAACUGGAAAAGAGAAUAGUAGUAGUAAUAAUAGUAUUGAUGAUUGGAGACGUACUGGUGGUGAUUCAAUUCAAUUAUCCUCAAAUCAAAAUAAUAAUAAUAAUCAAAAUAAUAAUCAAAAUAAUAAUAUAUUUUCAAGUCAACUUAUAUUAGAAACAAUAGAUAGAAUUGAAUUUAUAUUUGAUCAAUAUUAUGAAUACAAGGAUGAAAAACAAAAAGAAAUAUUUAAAAAGUUGAAAUCAUAUUGUGAAGAUCAAUUUGAUUAUUUAGAUGCAACACAAAAAAAGAUUAUAUUAUUUUCAGAGAUUUUACAAUUUAUUGGUGGAAAUGGAGUUAAUUUGGCCAAACAUAUGUUGCAAUGGAGUUUCAAUCAACAAGAAUCAACAACUAAAAUGUUGCAACAUGUUAUAAACAAGUUUGGUUAUGCAUGUGUAUUCAAGAAUGGAUCAGAAUCACAAGUUCAAGAGACUAUUGACCAAAUCGACAAGUCAUACUUGGAGAAUAAUCAAUACAGAUGGUGGGUUGAUUGUUAUUGUAUUGCAACUGGUCAUUUGUCGGUACUGCAAUUUUUACAAAAACAAAAUACUUUGUUUAAAUCACAACAUCAAUUUCAAACAUUGUAUGACACAUCGAUGCAAGAAUGUUUAAAUUAUAGUUUGGAGAAUCAGAGAUUGGAUGCCAUUUCAUUUUUAUUGGCCAACAAGUUAAAACCUACCAGUCCACAACUUCAAAAGGCACUAGAAAAGAAUAAUAUUAAAUUGGUCAAAUUGCUUUAUGAAAACAACAAAAAAGCAAUCACUGGUGGUAAAUUCUUAUUGUCAGUGUGGGACAAGGAGAGCAUCGCGUUUUACGAUAAAAUACUAGCAUCAUCCAAUUCAACAACCAAUAGUAAACGAGGUGACAAACGUCUCUAUCUAACACCAUCUCUAUUGAAACAAGAUAAUUUGGAAAUGUUUAUUCAUUUGUUAGAGGCAUUGGGUAGUGGUGAAUCAGACGCUAGAAUUAAAGAGGUUUUCGAUGCAGUUCAAUCAGCAACACCAACUCGAAUCGAAAAAUAUUGUAGAGAUUAUUAUUUAAAAAACCAAUUACAUCUUCAGAGACCAAUCAAUAUUGGUAAUCUACUGGUCAAUGGUCAUUUUGAUUUUAUUAAACAACUACAAGACCUAAAUCUCCCUCUAACGUUUACAUUUACGUCAUUGAUUGGUAAAAUAGGUGAUGUUGGAUGGAUUCCAAUCCUCACCAAAUAUUCUGCCAUUUCUGAUUGGCCUAGAGAUGUAUUGGCAUCGGCCAUUCAAUCUGGUCGUCUUGAAAUGGCAAAAUAUGUUGUCAAAUAUCUCUCGGAACAAGGUAAAAAGGUUCAAUUGACUCUAUCUCACUCUAGUUAUCCAUCUUUGGGUCACAAUGGAACCAUCGACUUUAGUAUACCUUAUUAUCUGGUUCACUUUGAAGACUAUCAAAUGGCUGAAUGGCUAUUGUGGAAUGUCCCUCUUUUACCCUCUGAUGACACACCAGAACAAUUAUCCAAAUUUCAAGAUGCUUUCCAAAACGAACAAAAUCAAGAAAUCUAUAUCAAUUAUUAUUUCCUAUCAAAUGAUACAAAAUUAUUGAUAAAUAAUUAUUUACAACAAAAAUUAUCAAAUCAAUUUAAAUUAAACAUUUAA